CUCACAUCUUCUCUCCUAUUUAAUUUAAAUUAUUUUCAUCCAUUUCUCCACACCAUCUCCAUCUUCCUGCUUUACCAAUUUCUUCUACAAGAUCCUUGACAAUGUCUAAGUCUGGUGCUUUCGGUCUCGUACCGGGUCUAGGUGGAGAGACUAAUGUCCUCACAGCCGUUGAAAAGUAUGAGAAAUAUCAUAUACUCCAUGGUGGAGAAGCUGAUGAGAGAGCAGGAAACUACAGCGACAUGGUUAAUAAAUAUUAUGAUCUUGCUAGUCGCUUUUAUGAGUACGGAUGGGGGGACUCCUUACAUUUUGCACACAGAUGGAAAGAAGAAUCUCUUCGGGAGAGUUUAAAACGAUAUGAGCACUUCCUUGCCAUGCAGCUUGCCAUGAAACCAAGAUACAAGGUCUUGGAUGUAGGAUGUGGAAUUGGUGGACCAAUGAGAGAAAUUGCACGCUUUAGUAAUGUUUCCAUUACUGGAGUCAACAAUAAUGAAUACCAGGUAACAAGAGGCAAGAAACUAAACCAGCUUGCUGGUCUGGAUGAAACUUGUAACGUUGUUAAGGCUGACUUCAUGAAUAUGCCAUUCCCUGACAAUAGUUUUGAUGCGGUUUACGCGAUAGAAGCAACCUGCCAUGCACCGGAUGCAUAUGCAUGCUACAAAGAGAUGUACAGAGUGUUAAAGCCCGGACAAAAAUUUGCUAUAUAUGAGUGGUGCCUCACCGAUGCAUUUGACCCUAAUAAUGACGAACAUCAGAAAAUAAAAGCAGAGAUAGAGUUUGGAAAUGCUCUCCCCGACAUAAGACUUACUACUAAAUGCCUCGAAGCUGUGAAGAAUGCGGGUUUUGACGUGAUAUGGGAAAAGGAUUUUGCUAAGGAUUCGCCGGUGCCAUGGUACUUACCUAUGGAUACAAAUAAUUUAUCGCUUCUCAGUUUCCGUGUGACAACUGUUGGAAAGUUUGUAACUGAUGCACUGAUAAAAGGCUUAGAAUACGUAAGAGUCGUUCCUGAAGGAACUCAAAGAAUUCAAACUAUACUACAAAAAGCCGCAAAUGGGUUGGUUAAUGGUGGAAAGAAAGGGAUUUUUACGCCAAUGUAUUUUGUCUUGGCCCGGAAGCCAGAGUGAGAAGAUGACAAAAUGAAAACUCCUAAAGCGAGACUGAUAGUAUUAAUCUAUGUAUUAAAACUGAUAGUAAUUUCUGGAAAUGUAAAAAUACAGCGGUGUGAAAUUAUCUCGGAACAUUUCAUCAAGACAAUUUUUAAUACGAAGCGCCUAUAAAUUUUCUCUUGAUCUAAUACAUCCGAAAUGUUAAUCGUUUGCAGUAAAAUGGAAACGUUUGACGUGGCAAAAACAAGAGACAAGUGAGAGAGAAGAUGAGAGACGCUUUGGAAGUGAAUUUGAUGGGUGUUAAUUUGAAGUGCCUAAAAGUUACCUUUUAAGAAAAUAAAGAAAAAAAAUGAGAAAAUAGUUAGUAAAUCUACAAUAGUUUUGUUUUCAUCCUAACACCCUUCAUUUUACUUUUUUAACACUUUACAUUAUCUUUUCUAUCUUCUACAUAUUUAUUUAAUACUUUUAU